GAGAGGGUAAGAGGAUGGCAGAUUAGCCAGAGGGCUCCAGGGACUGGGUAGGAAAGCAAAGGGAGGCUCUUUCCAGGUGGGCUAUUGCUUCCCAGAGGCAGAGGCUGGCCGAGAUGACCUCUGCACUCCCAGUCACUGGAUGUGGCCCCAGAACUGACCGUGGGGUUGGAAACUGAGAUACGCUGCUGACCCCUCCUUCUUGCUCUGUCCCACAGGAUGACCGGGCGCUUGGCCGCUGACAUGGGGGCUGGUCCGGGCCGGCGGCGAGAAGGAGCCUGAUGAGUGCUCGGCAUCCCCAGACCGAUGCCGCCCCAAGGGAAGAGUGGAGGGCCCGCGGCACGGGCGCCCGCCGGCGCGCGGGGCUGGCUGCCGGAGCUGCGGUCCCCCGCGCUUUGCUGCGCCUGCGGGCUGUGCGUGCUGCUGGUGGGCGUGAACGUGACCCUGGUGGGCGCCUUCGCCUCCUUCCCGCCCAGGCACUACGCGCCGCUGGUGGUGGGGCCGGCACUGCUGGUGCUGGCGCUGGGCCUCUUCGCGGCCUGCUGCGCGUGGAGCCGCCGGGGCCCCGUGUCCCGCCUGCACUCGGCGGCCGCCAAGGGCCCGGGCCGGGGCGGCAGCGGCGCCGGGCCGGUGGCGCUGGAGAUGGAGAGCAGCGAGCGCACGGCGCAGGACACCACGGCCGUUCAGCUCAGCCCCGCCGCCUCGUCCGCGUCCUCCGGCCGCUCCAGCCCAGGCCCCGGCCCCUUCGCCCUGGACGCCUCGGCGCCUGCAGCCACCUACACGCCGCGCACCAACGGGGACCGGCUCGACCUGCCCCGGGAGCGCGCCGCCCCCUAGCGGCCGGGGCCCUCUUGGACUCUCCUGGCCCAAGUCCCUCCGUUCAGUGCCAAGUAAGAAAAAACAGGAGACAAGAAAAAGGACGUUUACAUAAGGGUCGGGUGCUGAACACAGGUGGCCUCAUGUGUCCCAUCUCUGGGACUGUUAGGGGGAGAAUGGGUCGAGGCCCCUCACCCCAGGAGAGGGCAGCUCCUUGGCCCUUUAGGUGGAGUCUGCUGGGCCCUACAUGACUUCACUCCCAGACUUGAUGAAACCUUGAGUCCCUAACACCACUACCCAGGGCAUUUGGGCACUGGGAACAAAGCCACUCUGAGAGGGACUAACUACCAGCAAGGCCCACACCCCCCAGGGGUGGGAGGAAGGGGGGGGGAGUAUCAGGCCGGGCUGUCUCCUGCCCCUGCACACUGAAAGGUCACCAGCUCCCCCUUCUGCUCCUCCCCGCCCUCCUCAUCUCCACUCCAUGACCUUUUGGGAAUAGUUGGGGAGGGUGGAGGUUCUGAUUUGAGCCAGGAUAGUCCCUAAGGUAGAACUGGAUUGCACACACCCCACCCUCAACUUGGCUGCAGGGGGAGCGGAGGCCAGGGCCCCAGAGGGGUGAACCGAUGAGGGUCCUCCUGUGCAUCCUCUGUGCCUCGCUCCUCAAUAAAGCACCUUUGGAGUCAA